AUGGAGGGUAGGAUGAAGAAGUACUCACAAGUGAGUCCUGAGAGGGCUAAAGUGUGGACUGAGAAGUCGCCUAAAUACCAUCAGAAUCGCAAAGUCCCUGUGGUUUACUAUCUCUCUCGAAAUCGACAGCUUGAACACCCUCAUUUCAUGGAGGUUACUGUAACCUCUCCUCAAGGGCUCUACCUCAGAGAUGUGAUUAAUAGGCUUAAUGCUCUGAGGGGCAGAGGCAUGGCUUCCAUGUAUUCAUGGUCUUCUAAGAGAAGCUAUAAGAAUGGGUUCGUUUGGCAUGAUCUCUCUGAAGAUGAUCCGAUUCUUCCGGCCCAUGGAAAUGAGUACGUCCUCAAGGGUUCUGAGCUCUUUGAAGAAUCUAAUUCAGAUCGUUUUAGCCCUGUGGCAAAUAUAAAAAUCCAGAACUUGAAACAACCACCAGAGCCAGCAUCUUCUAGAAGCCAAGAUGAUUCUUCAUCCUCUUCGAGUUUGAAUGGAAAGGAAACAAAGCAUUCUCAAGAAGAUGAGCUCUCUCCUCCAGUUCAACGUCCCGAAGGCUCUUCCAGUGCGUCUCCCGAGUCUACAGUUGGAAAGAGUUCUUCUUGGGGGGGUUCUCUGAGCUUGACAGAGUACAAGGUUUACAAGAGUGACGGUUUAGCUGAUGCUUCUACGCAGACUGAAGAAAAUGUGAACAAACCUAAAGCUCAAGAAACAUGUACAAGGGGUGUUUCCACUGAUGAUGGGUCAUUAGAACCUGAUAGUAGUUAUUACCAAAACAGAGUUCCAUGUGAGAAAGAGAACUCUGAGAUUUGCAGUGAUUCGGUUUCUCCUCCUCCAUCUUCCUCUAGUGCAUCUUCAUCGGGUGGGAAGACUGAAACUCUGGAAUCACUUAUUAGGGCCGAUGCUAGUAAAAUUAACAGUUUUAGAAUUCUUGAAGAGGAAGACAUUCGAAUGACAAACAAUCCAAGGGCCAAGGCUACUAAUGUACUUAUGCAACUCAUCUCAUGUGGGUCAAUAUCAGUGAAGGAUCACCGUUUUGGUCUUAUUCCAACAUACAAGCCCAGGUUUUCCCAUUCCAAAUUUCACUCCCCAUUAUUUUCCACUAAGGUAAUGUUGGGAGAGCUAGACUGCCUAUCAGACAAUCCGAGGCUAAGGGGUUCGAGAUUGGAAGAGAAAGAAUAUUUUAGUGGGAGCUUGAUUGAGACUAAAAUGCUCAAGGACGAAGAUGGACGCUCAGCUCUAAAGCGAUCAUCUUCAUACAAUGCUGACAGGAGUUGUAGGAAGCCAGAUUCAGUAGAGGACAAAGAGGACAAAGAGGAGUCUACCUCAGGACGUUCAAAAUGCAUCCUAAGAUCAAUCAAGGCGUCACUCAAUAAGCAACCACGAAGUGAAUCUAUGAGAUCACCUAUUUCUGACAAACCAAGGAACUCCUCAGAUGGAGUUGAUUGUGCACAAAUCAAUACCCACUGUGCAUCCAAUGGAGCUAGUAAAAGAAUCACAGGGCCUUCAUCUCUUAAAAAGCAAUCAAACAGGCUUGCUUCAGGAGCUCGGGUUAUAAUCCAAUCGAGAACACCGUUCGAUACUACUGCAAACAGUUCCUCUUGCAGCAUGGUGCUGCUAUUAGCACCAAAGAUUUAUUCUAGCGUUUCAAAUUUUUCUGAGGAAAUCCCUUUUGGACGUGGACAUUGGGAUUCAACAUCUCAUAGGAUUCCCUUGCCUUGUGGUAAAGUGGUUGACUCUCAAUGCCCAAAGGUCCUUUGGACUGUCAUUUCCCAAAGCCGAAAAGGUCCUUUCAAAAGGUCAAAGCAGCUUACUUUGGGGUUUGGUGCAUGCGUUGGUGCAUAUAAUAAUGCCAUUGUUCCUUCCUUGGGAGUGGUGGAUUUCUAA